CACAAUUCAUCCACCACCGUCGACCGUGACUCUGCCGCCCGCCACCAUGUUAAACGAAUGAGGGUAACUAGACCGAGAACAAUGCAAUCGUGGCUGGCCACUUCCACCAUCGCAUCAUCAGGCAUCGCAUUUCCUAUUGGAUUAGGAUGCUACACAAACAAUAAAAUCAAACCCAAUAAUGAAAGAAGCAUUGAAGUUGAUGGGGCAAUGGAGGGAGCUUCUUUCAAUUGUAGUGCUCCUUUAGGAGGGAAAUGGCAUAAUCAGAGUAAAGGUUUGUGGGACAUAAGGAAAACAGGGGAGUAAUGGAUUCUGGGAAUAAGUUUACCCGCCAAGGCCUUCUUUCUACGCCUUGAUGGAUGGUGCCGCUAGGAAUCAGAAGAAGGGUGUAGACAUGAGAAGGAAUGACGACGGCAAACGGUGGCAGAGGUGUUUAGAGAGGAGGAGGUUGGCACUGUUCAGAGAGUAAAUUAGGGAUUUUAGAGUUUAUUGUUUCUGUGAAUUUUAAUGAAGGGUAAUUGUGAACCGCGGGGGCGAGCAACUAGUGGUUGAUUUGUCAUGGAAUCAAUUCACUAGCGAUCGAUUUGUCACGGGAUCGAUCCACUCACCAAGUCUAGGGGAACCACUAGGAGGAGCAACUAAUAAUCCAUUUGUCACGAGAUCGAUCCGCUCACUCGGUCUCUAGGGUUUGUCUAGGUCUCUCCCUCAAACCGGAGUUUGAGCGGCUUAAUCACGACAGAUGCAAACUUGAUUCAAGGAGGGUGCUCAUCUCUAACCUAGAUAGUAGGCACAAAGUGCCCAGGAAAACCAAGCUUGUCAAGCCUACCUAAAAAGGUGUGGUUUUCCUCUAAUCUAGGUUAGGCAAGCACACAAGAUUUGGAAAGCACAACUAAGCACAACCACCAUGAAAACACCUCUAAUACUCAAAAUGAUGCAACCCAUACGAAAUCAUUCAAUCUAUACAUGUAAUUACAAAGUAUUAGUAGGGAUCUACAACACCCAAGAGAAAAGAGUGAGUUUCUAGAGAGAGAGAGAGAGAGAGAGAGGGAUUACAAAUUUGAGCUCAAGAUCUUCUUCUUCUAAGCUUGAAUCCUUGUCUUCAAGAUCCACCCAAGCCUCCAAUAAUGCUCCAAGAUAACUCUAGCACUCUCUCUCUCUCACACUAGAACUCCCCUUUGGUUUUUUUGGGCAAACCUGAGAGAGGGAAAUGAAUUUCUCUCCAAAAAAUACCAGCUCUCCCUUCUCUCUCCCCACUGUUGUCUUCAUAUUUUCCCGAAAGUGACCAGUGCACGGACGCGUUGGCUAGUUCAUGUCCGUGAACACCUAAACGCUUCUGUGAACUCAGUGUCGUCCAAAAUGCUCCGCUUCACUCUCCUGGGUUCACGGUCAAUGGCACCAGUUCACGGUCUUAGAGAUCGUGAACUCCCUUGUCCGACCGUGAACUGUGGGUGUUUCUAGGACGCCUUCACUUCACUGUUACGUGGCAAUUGUCACGGUCACUUUGGACUUUUCUUCGAUUUUUGCGCUUUUUGUCCUCCAAUUAUCUCUAAACUCGUCCUCGACCCUUCCCCACAUGCUAGGACCUGAAAUAUAUCAAAACAAGCACAACCUAGCGUGAAAUAUGUCGAGGAAUGAUGAAAUACUAAGCUAAGCGAAUAAGAAAUGAGGGGUAAAAUGUGGACAUUUCGGCCCGAAUCAACUUGGUGUUGUUUUCUGAUUUGUGUGUAGGGAGGUAUAUAAUCCGGAGCAAUCCGAAAACUUUGCUACCCCAUGAUAAGGACAUAAACCAAACUCUACGACUCCUAUCCUUGGAGAGGGAGCUAGCGGAGGCAAGGAGAAGAAGUAAAGAAAGGGGACAACAAUUUGGUCCCGGUGUUAGUGGAGUAGAAGUUGAAGAAGUGGAAGGUGAACCCGACAUUGGAGUAGAAAUGGUGGGGAACCAAAGACAAGAUGGAGCCGAAGCUCAUAACCUAAACGAUGCGCGGGGGGGGGGGGGGGGGGGGGGGGGGGGGGGGAAGAGGAAGCCCCAAGGACAAUGAGGUACUAUAUGGCCCUACGGCCGGCGGACAUUCAGUCGUCAAUCCUACACCCUCUUGUGGCAGCAAACAAUUUUGAGAUCAAGCCGACUCUAGUGACUAUGAUACAGAACAAUGCUUUGUUCCAUUGCCUUGAGAGCGAGCUACCAAGAGAGCACGUGCAGAGAUUCUUGGAGCUCGCGGGGAGCUUGAAAAUCAAUGGUGUGUCGGCUGAAGCUUUGCAACUAAGGCUUUUCCCCUAUUCACUUGUGGGAAAAGCACUCCGGUGGCUAAACAAUCGCCCACCUUGGUCAAUCACCUCAUGGGAAUACCUCCUCAACAAGUUCAUGACUCUCUACUGCCCCCCUUCGAAGACGACAGAAUGGAGAAAGAAGAUUACCCAUUUCGAGCAAAAAGAGGACGAGACCUUGAGCGACGCUUCGGAGAGGUACUUCGAUUAUUUUCUUCAGUGCCCUCACCACGGGAUUGAAGAACAGUUUCGGAUUGAAACCUUCUACGGAGGUCUAAUCCAAGAAGACAAAAUUCUCAUUGACUCCUUGUGUCAAUGGACAUUGAUGAAUAUGGCUUUGCCCCAAGUAACCGAGCUACUUGAAGACAUGGCCUUCAGGGGGUAUGAUUGGGGAUUGAGUAGAAGUGGGAGGAGAAACAAUGAUAGGGGAGUGAGAAGCGUGGGAGCGAACGCUCCGCUUGAGGCGAAGUUUGAUAAGUUGAUAGAGGUAUUGCUUGAAGAUAAGAGGCAAGGAAAAAGGCCGGUGAUGUCGUGCAACUGAUGCUCGAGCACUAGCCAUGAGAUGGCGGAGUUUCAGGCAAUGAAGGAGGCAACCGCUCCGGAGGAACAAGUCAACUUCAUGGCAAAUGCUAGGGCUAACAACCCAUAUAGCAAUACUUAUAAUCCCAGAUGGAGGAACUGCUCAAAUUUUGCUUGGUCAUCACCGACUAAUCCGAGGCCCCCAUGUUUUCAACGUCCCACAGGAAAUUACCAACCUCGGUAGACCUUCAUCCAACAAAGGCCUUAAGUCCAAGGCUCAAGCUUCCAACAACCGUACCAAGCACACGGUGGCCAAGGGUUUCAACAACAGCAACAACCCGACAAGCUAUCUAAGCUUGAAGACCUAGUGAACACCUUCGUGAGUACGAAUGCUCAAAAGUUUGAGAAGAUAGAGCAAUUUAUGUAUGUGGAAACACCAAGUUUACGUCAGUCGAGGCGGGUCUCCGAUGCCAUCAAGCGAGCCUCCAAAUUUUGUAGGAUCAAAUCGGCAAUCUUGCUGGCAUCCUCACCGAGAGACCAAAGGGAGCCCUACCUUCCCUAACUGUGGCAAACCCCAAGGACCAUGCCGGGGUGAACUUAAGACCACUAAGCUUACAUCACUUUAGCCGACCGUUCGCUCAUUAGCCCUGUGAGGCAUUGUGGAGGACAUGUUGGUGCGAGUGGGCAAGUUUUGCUAUCCGAACGAUUUCGUGCUUCUCUAUAUAAGCGAGGACGCGGCAUAUUUCAAAUGAUGUGAAAGAGAGUGGAGGAUAGCCUCUAAAGGCAAACCCCACCAUUACUUGUGUUGCUUGUGCUAAUGUUGAGCAGGAAGUUAAGGAGGGUGCUAUGCCCAAGGAAAAGAGGAAGAAUGCUUGGAGGAAAAAGAUGAAGGAAGCUUUGGCCCGAAGGAAGAAGGAGGCCAAAGCAAAGUUGGCCAACCAAGAGGGCCAAUUCAUGGAGCAUAAGAUGGGAGGCUAUAAGCCUCGCCCCAAGAGUGUGGUGGAUCCACUCUCGGUGGCAUCACGUUCCAAGACAUGAUUGAUCCCCAAACGUCAACAUAAUGACGAUAACUUAGCGCUUGUUGGGAUGCAACCAAACGGAGGUUUGUUUUCGUUUCCUUAUUUUCGUUUCCUUAUUUUCGUUUUUGGUGUCAAGUGAAGAGUUCGAUUGGUCAAGUGGUGUCCACGUGCCAUGUUUGUGGUUUUGCGAUUUAAGGUUGUGUUGUGAUUGAUUAGGAGGCACGGUGGAAUAGAUUGAGUCAAAUUUU